CUGACGUUAAGCUCGCGCUCGGCCGGUUCGGACCGGUUGUAUCCGGUUCCGUUCAGCUGUUACCUGGAAGCUUCUGGAAUCCGGGCCGACCUGGUGAUUAGGUGACAGUUAACUGCAGCAGACGUGACCGUCAGUUUACCUGUUAAACGGCUGGAGACGCGGACAGGUGAGUCUCCAUCAGUUAGGACCAUCAAAACCAGAUGGAUUUAUCGCAGCUGAACUCGUUGUACCUGAGAAGCACCUCAGCAGUUUCCCUCGAUAAGCGCUUUUCACAGGUUCUGAUGGACCAGCUGACCUGGUCCAGGACCUGUGACCUAGUCCCACUGCAUCAGCGGACGACGUCCAGCUCCACCAAACUGGUCAGACUGGUGAAGAAGGCGCCACCGUCACUGGUUACCCUGCAGGAGAGCGUCGGAGCUGAGUUGGCUCCAGCCAGAGAGAUGCCACAGGUCCGAGACGCCUCUCUGAAGAUGACGGGGUGUCUGAGGAAGAGGAGCAGCGUCUGGACCCGAAUCGGCUGGCAGCAGGGGAUUUGCCGCCCAUCCACCAGGAGACCUCUGGGCUUCUGGAGCUUCAGGAACAAGUACAGAUGGAGAGUCCGGUCCAGUUGGAGAAAACGACGUCGUCCCGGUCAGCGUCACUUCCUGAGGACAACAGAACUCAGGACUCAGGAGACUCAGAACUUUACUGCAGGACGACGACAGCUGGGUCUUCAGAGGGACACGACCAGAACCAGGCGCCGCAGAUUUAACAGAGCCAAUGUUCCAACCCGGAAGGAACUGGAUGCCCAGCUGGACCGGUACAUGUCCCUGUCCCGGAGCCGUUUGGACGCUGAGCUGGACCAGUACAUGCUGAUGGCUGGUCAGUCCAAUGUGGAUUAAGACAGGACCUGGU